UUCCCCCCUUCCGCAUCUCUCCCCUCUCCACCACCGCAAUGCAGUCCCCCACCGUGUCCACCGCGCGGCGGCGGCGGCCCGCGGGAUUCCUCCUGGCCCUCGCCGUGCUCCUGGCGGCCGUCGGCGCGGCGGCGGCGGCGGGCGGCCCGGCCUCGCCGCAGGACGCCGCGGCGAUGCAGGCGGUCGCCAAGGCGCUGGGCGCGGACAAGGCGCUCUCCGGAUGGGGCACCGGCGACCCCUGCUCGUGGGACGGGGUGACCUGCGACUCCGGCGGCCGCGUCACCGCCGUCCAGGUCAAGAACAAAGGCCUGACGGGGACGCUGGCGCCCGAGGUCCGCAACCUCACCGCGCUCAUGCGCCUCGAGCUCUUCAGCAACAGCCUCACCGGCCCGCUCCCCCCGCUGGCCGGCCUCGACUCGCUCCAGAUCCUCAACAUCCACGACAACCGCUUCACCUACAUCCCGGGGGAUUUCUUCAAGGGGCUCACCGCGCUCAAGGAGGUCUACCUCGACCACAACCCUUUCGCGGCGUGGCCGUUCCCGGCCGGCCUCGCCGACUGUGUCUCCCUCACCAACUUCUCCGCCAACAGUGUCAACAUGACCGGGACGCUCCCGGACUUCCUCGGCUCGAUGCCGUCCCUCCAGCAGCUCAAUCUGGCAAUGAACUCGCUGUCCGGACCCGUGCCGCCGUCUCUCGCCGGCGCGACGUCCCUUGAGGUGCUCUGGCUCAACGGCCAGAAUGGGACCGACCGCCUCAGCGGGUCGAUUAGCUUUGUGGCCAACCUGACUAAGGUCACGCAGCUGUGGCUGCACUCCAACGCCUUCACCGGCCCCUUGCCGGACUUCUCGGGGCUUACCAGCCUUUUUGAGUUGGAUCUCCGGGACAACCAGCUCACCGGUCCGGUGCCAGCCAGUCUUGUCAACCUCAAGUCUCUGAAGAAUGUGAGCCUGGGGAACAAUUUGCUGCAGGGACCGACUCCCAACUUUGCUCCCUCUGUGGAAGUUGACAAGUCGGCGGGUAAAAAUCAAUUCUGCUUGCCGCCUGGACAGCCGUGUGAUCCCCGUGUAGACCUGCUGCUGGAGGUAGAGGCUGGGUUCAUGUACCCAGCGAAGCUCGCAGCUGGUUGGGCGGGGAACGACCCAUGCAGAUAUCAGCUGGGCGUUGUAUGUGAUAGUGGUAAGAACAUCACAUCGCUGAAUUUUGCCAAAAUGGGGCUUAACGGGAGCAUCUCACCAUCUAUCGGGAAGAUUGCCACACUUCAGAUGCUAUUUCUUUCAGACAACAACAUUACUGGCACGGUGCCGAAGGAGCUCGCUGAGUUGCCAGCACUGAGAAAGGUCGAUCUGUCAAAUAACAAUCUAUAUGGGAAGCUUCCUGAAUUUCGCAAGAAUGUGGAGGUGAUACUUGAUGGCAACCCAAACUUUGGCAAGCCUGCUCCUCCGCCUGGACCAGGUGGUAGCAGCAAUGACACUAAGCCUGGGGAUGGAAGUGGUGGAAGCAACAAGGCUUCCUCUUCUACUGGCGUCAUUGUUGGGUCAGUGGUUGGAGCUGUUGCUGUACUAGGCCUUAUUGCUGCAUUAGGGUUCUAUUGCUAUAAGAGAAAGCAGAAGCCUUCCGGAAGGGUGCAGAGUCCACAUGCUAUGGUCAUCCAUCCCCGGCACUCAGGGUCAGAUCCUGACAUGGUAAAGAUCACAGUUGCUGGUGGAAAUGCCAAUGGUGGUGCGGCCACGAGCGAGCCAUAUAGCCAGGCAAGCAGUGCCCCCCGUGAUAUCCAUGUCGUUGAGGCUGGGAAUAUGGUCAUUUCAAUUCAAGUACUGCGUAAUGUGACCAACAACUUCAGUCAGGAGAACAUCCUUGGUCGUGGUGGGUUUGGCACUGUCUACAAGGGUGAGCUCCAUGAUGGUACAAAAAUUGCUGUGAAGCGAAUGGAGUCUGGUGUUAUGGGCAACAAGGGGUUAAACGAGUUCAAAUCAGAGAUUUCUGUGCUGACCAAGGUCCGUCAUCGGAACCUUGUGUCGCUGCUUGGAUACUGUCUUGAUGGUAAUGAGAGGAUUCUUGUAUAUGAGUACAUGCCACAGGGGCCAGUGAGCCAACACCUGUUUGAGUGGAAAGAACACAAUUUGCAGCCAUUGGAAUGGAAGAGGCGACUCAGCAUUGCGCUUGAUGUUGCAAGAGGUGUUGAGUACCUGCACAGCCUUGCUCAGCAAACGUUCAUCCACAGAGACUUGAAACCAUCAAAUAUACUUCUUGGUGAUGACAUGAAGGCCAAGGUGGCAGACUUUGGAUUGGUGCGGCUUGCGCCAGCUGAUGGGAAGUGUGUAUCAGUAGAGACAAGGCUUGCUGGAACUUUUGGAUAUCUUGCCCCCGAGUAUGCAGUUACUGGUCGUGUGACCACAAAAGCUGAUGUCUUCAGCUUUGGUGUCAUUUUGAUGGAGCUGGUCACGGGACGCAGGGCACUUGAUGACACACAGCCUGAGGAUAGCAUGCACCUGGUUACAUGGUUCCGGAGAAUGCAGCUCAACAAUGAUACGUUCCAGAAGGCAAUCGACACAACUAUCGACCUUGAUGAGGAGACCUUAGCCAGCGUUAGCACGGUCGCACAGCUCGCGGGUCACUGCUGUGCUAGGGAGCCACAUCAGAGGCCCGACAUGGGUCAUGCCGUCAACGUGCUCUCCACCCUCUCGGAAGUGUGGAAGCCCGCAGACCCAGAUUCAGACGACAGUUACGGCAUCGACCUGGACAUGACGCUGCCUCAGGCGCUGAAGAAAUGGCAGGCCUUCGAGGACAGCAGCCAUUUCGAUGGCGCGACCUCUUCGUUCCUGGCGAGCCUGGAUAACACCCAGACCAGCAUCCCGACGCGGCCUCCAGGGUUUGCUGAUUCCUUCACCUCCGCCGACGGAAGAUAAACCCCGCUUGUUGGAAAGCCAGAAGCUCUGCUCGCUGAAAUGAUCAUUCUGUUCAUUCAUUCCUUUAGCCUCUUCUUCAACCCCCCCUCCCUCCCUCCCUGCCUUCUAAAUGUUGCUGGAUUUGGCCCUGUGCUGCCAUGCCAUGUUAGCUGUCCUUGGAUCAUGUAUGAUGAUGUGGUCUUUACUCGAGAAUUCCCUGGAAGUCCGCGACUAACUGCUCUAUUAUUGUUAGCUUUGAACCUAAGUAGAAGAUUGUUAGGGUUUGUUGGCUUGUACGUACUCAACAUUGAUCUGCUCCAUGAUUAAAUUGAUCCCUGUCAGUAUCCUCAA